AUGUGGUCAUGUGAUCAUGCGUCCUGUGUCUCCCAGCGAGCUGACCUGGCCGUUGCCCCCCUCACCAUCACCUACAUGAGGGAGAAGGUGGUGGACUUCUCCAAGCCCUUCAUGGGCAUGGGCAUCAGCAUCCUCUACCGCAAGCCCAACACCACCAACGCCGGCUUCUUCUCCUUCCUGAACCCCAUGACCCCUGACAUCUGGGUCUACAUCCUGCUGGCCUACCUGGGCGUCAGCUGUGUGCUCUUUGUCAUCGCCAGGUUCAGCCCCUACGAGUGGUACGACGCCCAUCCCUGUAACCCCGGCUCCGACGUGGUGGAGAACAACUUCACCCUCUUCAACAGCUUCUGGUUUGGAGUGGGGUCCCUGAUGCAGCAAGGUUCAGAGCUGAUGCCCAAGGCCCUUUCCACCAGGAUCAUCGGGGGCAUCUGGUGGUUCUUCACCCUGAUCAUCAUCUCCUCCUACACCGCUAACCUGGCCGCCUUUCUCACCAUCGAGAGGAUGGACUCGCCCGUGGAGUCCGCCGACGACAUCGCCAAGCAGACCCGCAUCGACUACGGCGUGGUGAAGGACGGCGCCACCAUGACCUUCUUCAAGAAGUCCAAGGUGUCCACCUUUGAGAAGAUGUGGGCGUUCAUGAGCAGCAAGCCGAGCUCGUCGCUGGUCAAGUCCAUCGAGGAGGGCAUCCAGCGGGUGCUCCGCUCUGACUACGCCCUGCUGAUGGAGUCCACCACCAUCGACUACAUCACCCGCCGCAACUGUAACCUCACACAGGUGGGGGGCAUCAUCGACAGCAAGGGCUAUGGCGUGGGCACGCCCCUCGGAUCUCCCUACAGGGACAAGGUGACCAUCGCCAUCCUGAGCAUCCUGGAGGACGGCCGGCUGCACAUGCUGAAGGAGAAGUGGUGGAGCGGCACCAGCUGCCAGGGGGAGGAGCGGCGGGAGAGCGGCCCCAUGGGCAUCCAGAACCUGGGCGGCAUCUUCAUCGUGCUGGCCUCCGGCCUGGUGCUCUCCGUGUUCGUGGCCAUCGCAGAGUUCGUCUACAAGCUGAGGAAGACGGCCGAGCGCGAGCAGAGGUCUUUGUGCAGUGCCAUGGUGGACGAGAUCAGACAGUCCUUCACCUGCGAGAGGCGUGUCAAACACCGAGCCCCUCCCCCUCCUCCUCCGCCGCCACCGCCGCCGAGCAAGAUGGACGCCGUGAUCAACAUGCACACGUACAGCGACCGCCGACUCCCGGGAAAGGACACGACCUGCAGCCCUGGGAGGAGCCACGUGUUCCCGUGA